AUGCCCGAAGGAACAAUGAAGGCGUUGUACUACAGCGCACCCCAGAAAUUCGAGAUAAAGGAGGUGCCCAUCCCCAAGUGUGGCGAUGACGAUCUCCUCCUCAAGGUCACCCUCUGCGGUGUCUGCGGCACGGACGCCCACAUUCAUGACGGAGAAUUUAUCGCCAAGUUCCCUCUCAUUCCGGGCCACGAAGCGAUCGGCCGUGUUGUCGAGAAGGGCAAGAACGUGAAGAACUUCGAGAUCGGCGACCGCGUCGUCGCAGACGUUGGUAUCUCCUGCGACAACUGCUUCUACUGCAGGCGCGGCAACGCCGUUCUAUGCGAGAACUUCGACGCGCGGGGCGUCACCCUCGAUGGAGGCUUCGCAGAAUACAUCGUCUACCACCAGCGCAAGUGCUACGUGAUCAAAAACAUCUCCGAUGAGGAGGCCACCCUUCUCGAGCCCGCGGCAUGUGCUCUGCACGGCCUCGACAAGCUCAACCCACCAGUCGGCAUCGAGGUCCUCCUCCUUGGUGCCGGCCCCACUGGCCUCAUCCUCGCGCAGCUCCUCAAGCUCAAUGGCGCGCACCGCGUCGUCGUUGCGGCGAACAAGGGCAUCAAGAUGGACAUCGCGAAGCAGCUCAAUGCUGCCGACGAGUACAUCGAGCUCGACCGCCAGAACCCCGGCCCGCAGUGGGAGCAGCUGAAGAAGGACAACCCGUACGGUUUCGACGUCGUCGUCGAGGCCACGGGCGUCGAGAAGCUCGCGAACGAGUCGAUCAACUACGUCCGCCGAGGAGGCACGAUCAUGAUCUACGGCGUGUACGAGAACAAGGCGUUGGUCCACUGGCCGCCCUCGAAGAUCUUCGGAGACGAGAUAAGGGUCAUUGGUUCCUUCUCGCAAGCAUACUGCUUCCCGCGUGCGGUUGCCUACCUGGAUAGCGGGAAGGUCAACGUGAAGGGCAUGGUCACGGACAUCUUCAACCUCGACGACUACCAGGCUGCGCUCGACAAGAUGAGCAGCCGUAGCGCGCUCAAGAUCGCCAUUAAGCCUUGA